AUGCAAGACUGGGAUCCCACGCAAUUCUUCCGCAAUGACGGUCCCCCGCACACCCCCUUCGCCCUUGUCAUCCUCAACCAGCCCAUCAACGAGCGCGCAUAUGCCGUGCUACGGAAACACGCCUGCGCAACAGUCUGCGCCGACGGCGGCGCAAACCGCUUCUACGCAAUGAUGAAAGCGCACGGGACCGAGUCUACAGAACUCCCCUCGCGGAUAAUCGGCGACCUGGACUCCAUCCACGCCGACGUGCGCGCGCACUACGAGCGCCUCGGCGUACCCGUCAUCCAGGAUGACGAUCAGUACAGCACGGAUUUUACCAAGUGUCUGACGUAUAUCCGGCGGCAUGCUGGUGAUCUCGUCCCCUCAGCUCCUGCUGCUCCUGCUGCUCCUGCUGCUGCUGCUGCUGCUGGCGGUGCAGAGACGUGCCUAGAUAUCCUUAUUCUGGGCGGUCUCGGCGGCCGCGUCGACCAGGCUUUCUCGCAGAUCCAUCAUCUCUAUCUCAUGGCACAGGCGGAGGAUCAGCGCGGGUCGCGCGGACAUCUCUACCUUGUUUCUGAGGAGAGUAUCACGUUCAUUCUGCGUCCUGGGCGGAAUGUGAUUCGCACGCCGCGGGCGAACCGGCCGAGGGACGACACCCCCGACGGCGUUGGUGGUGAAGGCGGACAUCUCCUCGAAGAGAAUGUGGGCAUCAUUCCCCUGUCCGGGCCGGAGUGGAUCUCGACGCGCGGGUUCCAGUGGGAUGUGCAGGACUGGCGAACAGAGAUAGGCGGGCAGAUCAGCACGAGUAACCAUAUCCGCGCGGAUGAGCUGGAGAUCACAACGCGGGGGGCGAUAUUGCUGACGCUUGAGUUGGCGUCGAGGUUUAAACGGGAUCGAUAG